AUGCCCCGUUCGUCGCAUCCCCUUCCGCCCGUCGCCCUCCCUUCCGCCCGUCGCCCUCCCUUCCGCCCGUCGCCCUCCCUUCCGCCCGUCACCCUCCCUUCGUCUCGUCGCCCUCCCUUCCUCUCAUUGUCCUCCCGACCGCCCGCCGCCCUACCUUCUCCUCGUCGCGCUCCCUUCCGCCCGUUGCCCCCCUUUGUCUCGUCGCGCUCCCUGCUGCUCGCCGCCCUCCCUCCCGCUUGUCCCCUCUCAAUCCCCAUAUCUCUCUCCCCUUGUCGCCCUGGUAUCCCCGUUACUGUCGCCAUCCCUCCCUUCUCCCUUCCCAACUCCCACACUUGUCACGCCCCUUUUCCAACCCGCACACACCCUUCCUUUCCCUUUCCCUACUUUCCCAUGUUCCUUUCCCUGCUUCCCCCCAUCCCCUUCCCUGCUUCCCCCCAUCCCCUUCCCUGCUUCCCCCCAUCCCCUUCCCUGCUUCCCCCCAUCCCCUUCCCUACUUCCUCAUGUCCCCUUCCUUGCUUCCCCCCAUCCCAUUCCCUGCUUCCCCAUGUCCCCUUCCCUGCUUCCCCACCAUCCCCUUCCCUGCUUCCCCCCAUCCCCUUCCCUGCUACCCCCCAUCCCCUUCCCUACUUCCCCAUGUCCCUUUCCCUGCUUCCCCCCAUCCCCUACCCUUUUUCUCCUCAUCCCUUUCCCUGCUUCCCCCCAUCCCCUACCCUUUUUCUCCCCAUCCCCUUCCCUGCUUCCCCCCAUCCCCUUCCCUGCUUCCCCCCAUCCCCUUCCCUACUUCCCCAUGUCCCCUUCCCUGCCUCCCCCCAUCCCAUUCCUUGCUUCCCCAUGUCCCCUUCCCUGCUUCCCCCCAUCCCCUUCCCUACUUCCCCAUGUCCCUUUCCCUGCUUCCCCCCAUCCCCUACCCUUUUUCUCCCCAUCCCUUUCCCUGCUUCCCCCCAUCCCCUACCCUUUUUCUCCCCAUCCCUUUCCCUGCUUCCCCCCAUCCCCUUCCCUGCUUCCCCCCAUCCCCUUCCCUGCUUCCCCCCAUCCCCUUCCCUGCUUCCCCACCAUCCCCUUCCCUGCUUCCCCCCAUCCCCUUCCCUACUUCCCCAUGUCCCCUUCCCUUCCUCCCCCCAUCCCAUUCCCUGCUUCCCCAUGUCCCCUUCCCUGCUUCCCCCCAUCCCCUUCCCUACUUCCCCAUGUCCCUUUCCCUGCUUCCCCCCAUCCCCUACCCUUUUUCUCCCCAUCCCUUUCCCUGCUUCCCCCCAUCCCCUUUCCUGCUUCCCCCCAUCCCCUUCCCUGCUUCCCCCCAUCCCCUUCCCUACUUCCUCAUGUCCCCUUCCUUGCUUCUCCCCAUCCCAUUCCCUGCUUCCCCAUGUCCCCUUCCCUGCUUCCCCACCAUCCCCUUCCCUGCUUCCCCCCAUCCCCUUCCCUGCUACCCCACAUCCCCUUCCCUACUUCCCCAUGUCCCUUUCCCUGCUUCCCCCCAUCCCCUACCCUUUUUCUCCCCAUCCCUUUCCCUGCUUCCCCCCAUCCCCUACCCUUUUUCUCCCCAUCCCCUUCCCUGCUUCCCCCCAUCCCCUUCCCUGCUUCCCCCCAUCCCCUUCCCUACUUCCCCAUGUCCCCUUCCCUGCCUCCCCCCAUCCCAUUCCCUGCUUCCCCAUGUCCCCUUCCGUGCUUCCCCCCAUCCCCUUCCCUAAUUCCCCAUGUCCCUUUCCCUGCUUCCCCCCAUCCCCUACCCUUUUUCUCCCCAUCCCUUUCCCUGCUUCCCCCCAUCCCCUUCCCUGCUUCCCCCCAUCCCCUUCCCUGCUUCCCCCCAUCCCCUACCCUUUUUCUCCCCAUCCCUUUCCCUGCUUCCCCCCAUCCCCUUCCCUGCUCCCCCCCAUCCCCUUCCCUGCUCCCCCCCAUACCAUUCCCUACUUCCCCCCAUCCCCUUCCCUGCUUCCCCCCAUCCCCUUCCCUGCUUCCCCCCAUCCCCUUCCCUGCUCCCCCCCAUCCCAUUCCCUGCUUCCCCCCAUCCCAUUCCCUGCUCCCCCCCGUCCCCUUCCCUGCUUUCCCAUGUCCCCUUCCCUGCUUCCCCCCAUCCCCUUCCCUGCUCCCCCCCAUCCCCUUCCCUGCUCCCCCCCAUCCCCUUCCCUGCUCCCCCCCAUACCAUUCCCUACUUCCCCCCAUCCCCUUCCCUGCUUCCCCCCAUCCCCUUCCCUGCUUCCCCCCAUCCCCUUCCCUGCUCCCCCCCAUCCCAUUCCCUGCUUCCCCCCAUCCCAUUCCCUGCUCCCCCCCGUCCCCUUCCCUGCUUUCCCAUGUCCCCUUCCCUGCUUCCCCCCAUCCCCUUCCCUGCUUCCCCCCAUCCCAUUCCCUGCUUCCCCCCGUCCCCUUCCCUGCUUUCCCAUGUUCCCUUCCCUGCUUCCCCCCAUCCCCUUCCCUACUUCCCACCAUCCCCUUCCCUGCUUCCCCCCAUCCCCUUCCCUACUUCCCCAUGUCCCCUUCCCUUCUCAAGCCUUCCCUUCCCGAUCAACUCCUUUUCAUGCCCUCCCCUUCCCCCUCACUCCUCACCUUCUGCCCUCUACUUCCCAUGCAUGUGCACCCAUCUCUAUUUCCCCGUUCAUGAUUUCAUUAUGCAACAACUCCAAUGCUGAACUGGAAGCUUGUGUGCAGAAAAUUGACCUGAACAACAUGGAUGAGGAAAUGGCUGAGAAAGAACCUGUUGUUGACUCCCCUGCAAGGGACCCUCCAGCUGCUGAAAAUUCCAAGGAGCAGGAAGGGGAGUCUCAGGAGGAUGACAUUGAGUCGGAAGGGGAGGAGGAUAUUCUGCAUGCUGAAAUUGCUAAGCUGCAGGAUCAUGCUAGUGAGCAGGAUACGCGCAUCCAGCAGCAGCAGUCACUCAUCACCAACCUCACGAGGGAGCUCUCUGACCAGGACGACAAAAUCAAGUACCUGGAAGUGGAGCUUAAAAACAUGAAACAUGACGUGCGCGAGCACGUUCACCAGCUGGCGAGGCAGACCUCAAAGAUCAACGAGCUGCGCGAGGCCUUCAGUGCCCUCCGAAGGGAAACCAUGUAUCGCCCUGCACCACGAGCGGACCCGCCUGCCAACUCUGCUAGCAGUCGCACCAACCCUUCUCGCUCUGGUGGUGCAGUGGGUGACCCUGGUCCUUCUACGCAGCGCGCUGUUGAGCCGAGCACGCAGGCUUUCGGCUCUCUGCCAAUCACCCUGCCGCCAUUCAUCCAUGGCAAAACGGACGUGGUUGCGUGGUUGUCGAUGAUGACCGACCUGUUCAAGGCGCACAAGGUCCAAGACGACGCUCGCGUCGUCGCUGCCACCACCGUGCUGGACCAGAAUGCACAGCGAGUGGUGUAUGGCAGCAAGAUCCAGGCUGAGGCGGAUAGGAAGCCGUUUGGGUGGGAGGAAUUCGCAUAUGCACUCAAGCAAGCUUUCCAGGUCCAGCCGACUCAGCUGGAGGUGCGCAGCCGCCUUGAGAAGCUGCAGUGCGGGAACCGCACAGUGCAGCAGUACGCCGUGGAGUUCGAGGAGAUCUGGGUGCUCCAGAAACCGGCGGAACGUAUGAGCGAAGGCGAAAAGAUCCAUCUGUUCUUCAGGGGGCUGCCAGAGCACCUCAAGAACAUGCAUAUGACGGAUGGGGCUGGGGAGGCAUGGAGGUCCUAUGAUCACGUGAAGCGCGUGGUGGGGACCACUGAUAAGCACUUCCGCGCUUAUGCCAAAACCACUACCCAGCCGCAGCAGGCCUCAAGGCCCUCUUCUAGCACUGCGGGUCCUAGCGGAAGGCAGCAGGGAACGCCUUGGAAGUGCGGGAACCACAAGAGGUCCUUCCAGCAGGGGCAGCAGGCUGACCACAAGGCCAAGAAGGUCAACGAGGGUGGACCAAGCAAUGUCCAGAGCUGCUUCAAGUGCGGCAAGCCUGGACACAAGGGCUAUGAGUGCCGCCACCGCAAGGCGGUGAAGUACUCUGGCAAGUCCAAGAUGGACAACAAGCGCCAUGAUGGCAGUGGUCCCUCGAGCAGCCAGCGGGAUUUUGCAAAGCCCAACUAG